AUGGCCUCAAUCCCUUCAGCCAGCCGAAAGCUGGAAUUCGCACAACGCGCGCUGCAGAUCAUCUCCGCCAUGAUCAUCAUCGGAAUCGUGGCCCACGGCCUCGCCGCACCUUCCGAUGAGGAAGUCCUGGUCCACAACCCAUCAGGCGACUACCACGCCUACGAAAGCGAUCCUGCGACCUGGGGCUUUUUCCUCUUCUUCGUCGCCAUCUGGACCAUCCCCGAAGUCAUCGUCCUCCUCGUUGCCAACGGCGUCUCCGCCCACAAGAGAUGGCUCGGAUACGUCUGUGCUGGUCUGGAAUCACCGUUCUCGCGUGGUUUGUUGGAUUCAUCAUGGUACUUGUCGGCAUUGCAAGUCAUCGAGGUCCGCGGACGGAGAAGCGGUAUGGGCCGGUUGUGGCGGAGGCGACAUUUGGGGGGAUUGGGUGGUCGCUUUAUAUGCUCACGGCGUAUGUGA